AUGGCUGGUUCAAAUGAAAACUGUGUUGGUGAUGUUAGGCCCUCGAUUUCUCAAGGGGGUUUCCUAAAAACUACUACUCAGAGGGCUGACGAGGGAAUCGGCCCGACCAGGAGGGCAUUGAGUGUAAUAAACCUAAAUGGUGCUAGAUACGCUCCGUAUGUGGCUACCAAGAGAGACGCCUUGCGCGAAAAGAAUGCAGUUUCUAGUACAAAUGUACUGCAGAAUUCCAAGGAACUUUGCUGCACAGCUAGUGGCCAAGCAGCAUCAACCAUUGGUUCUGGAACAAAACCGUCCAUGUCGAUUCUCAACCCGUUUAGAGUCAAACCCGAUUUACACGAAGACUCGGAUCUUUCGGGCCCGUUUCUAUUCUUAAUGGCAUUUGGGCUUUUUCAAUUACUCGCUGGGAAGCUGCAUUUCGGGAUCAUAUUGGGCUGGGUCACUGUCUCCGCUUUGUUUUUGUACGUUGUUUUUAACAUGUUAGCGGGUCGGAAUGGGAACUUGGAUCUUUACAGGUGUCUGAGUUUGAUUGGUUAUUGUAUGUUGCCUAUUGUGAUCUUGUCUGCAUUGUCAUUGUUUGUUCCGCAAGGUGGAGGUGUUAUUUUGGGAGUUACGGGUGUUUUUGUCAUAUGGUCGACAAGGGUUUGUACGAGGCUUUUGGUUGAGUUGGCUUCGUGUGAAGAUGAGCAUCGCGGCUUGAUUGCCUACGCUUGUUUUUUGAUUUAUGUUCUCUUUUCGUUGUUAGUUGUGUUUUGA